CGUUUAUUACGUUCGUUGUAACUUGGAACGCGUUUAUACUCCAUUGUUCUUUUGUUAAUUUCAGUCUUCAUUCUUCAGAUUUUUCGGUACGCAGCAAGUAGCGUUAUACAGAUUAUAUAUUUUGUUCCCGUCGCUUGUUGUUACAGAAAAGUAAGGCAGAAAUUUAAGUUGCUCAAACAAAAUAUUCAAAAUGAUUUGUUACAUACGAAAAAAUAGUAUACAUGCAUUUCUCAAGCAUAAGAUAGCUGGACAAAUGGUUAGGAGCAUAACUAGAAGUAUUGCUUGUAAAGGACCACAAAAAAUGGAAGAUUAUUUCAAAGACAAAAAAAUUAUAGUCACUGGAUCUUGUGCUGGUAUGGGAGAAAAAAUUACAGAGAGAUUACUAGAUUUGGGUGCAUUUGUCUAUGCAGUGGUAGAGAAGAAGGACGGAGCUGCUAAAGAAUUACCAAACACAAAACAAAUAUUUUGUGAUGUUUCAAAGUGGGAGGACACUUAUAAGAAAAUGUACGACAUCGGACCAGUACAUGGAUUGGUCAACAAUGCUGGUGUAGCUGUUAUUGAACCAUUUUUUGAAGUCACUGAAAAUGGUUGGGAUAAGACUUUGAAUGUUAAUGCCAGAGCCUUGGUGAGAAUAAGUCAGGCAGUGGCCAAAAACAUGAUUAAUGCCGGUAUCAAAGGAUCUAUUGUGAAUAUUUCUUCAACAAUUUCAACGAGAGCCAUACCUGAUCAUACAACAUACUGUGCAUCUAAAGGAGCUGUGAAUCAAAUAACCAGAACAAUGGCAAUCGAGCUAGGUAAAUGUGGGAUCCGUACCAACAGCGUAAAUCCAACUGUCGUGUUGACCCGUAUGGGUAAAAUUGCGUGGUCAGAUCCCGAAAAAUCUGAACCCAUAAUGAGACGAAUCCCACUUGGAAGAUUUGCAGAAACCGAUGACAUAGCGAACGCUGUGAUUUUCAUGCUCAGUGACUAUUCUACCAUGGUAAAUGGAACAUCUCUCGUAGUUGAUGGCGGGUUCUUGGCAGGAUAGACAACUUUGCUACGAAACAAAGUUAUUAAAGAAUUCACUAAUUCAAUUCAAAAUUAUUUUUUUUCUCAAUAUGUCAUGCCAAACAUUUUAUGUAAUAUUUAAACUAUUAUAUAUUAUAUUUAUUGUGUGCAUUUUACAAUAACUUUUAUACUUUAUCGACAAUAAACUGUGAAUUCUA